AUGGACGAGCACGAGAAACAGAAUCGUUCCAGCGACGAGAAGGGGCAGGAAGCCACGGUCCAGGUCCACCCCGCCGAGAAUGUUCAAGAUGAGCUCGAGAACACGCACAUUGGCGAGCACGGCCUGCGCCGCGACCUACCUCCGCGCGUCGUGACAAUGAUUGCCAUCGCAGGCACCAUUGGCACAGGCCUGUUCGUUGGCUCGGGCGCCUCGCUCACUCGCGGCGGCCCCGUCGGUCUGUGGCUCGGAUACACCCUUGUCGGCACCGGCGUCGGUACUAUGAUGGUGUCGCUCGGCGAGAUGUCCUGCUUCGCACCCAGCGUCGGUGGAUAUAUCGAGAUGGCUACGCGAUACGUCGACGACGCGCUCGGCUUUUGCAUGGGCAUCAACGCGUUCUUGUCCUGCGCCUUCGGUAUCCCCACUGAGCUAACUGCUAUUGCCUCGCUCUUCACGUACUGGGACCACAACCUGAACCAUGCGGCCGCGUACAUCACUGCGUUCCUGGUCCUUACGGUGCUCAUCAACAUCCUGGGCGUGAGAUACUACGGCGAAAUCGAGUUCUUCUUCGCCUGCCUCAAAGUCGCCAGACUUGUCGGGCUGAUGCUUUUCGCCCUCAUCGCCAAUCUUGGCGGUGUGCCCACCAAUAGGACAUUCAUUGGCGGGAGGUACUGGCGCGAGGAGCCGUUCAACAACGAUUACCUCGGGAUUAAACCGCGUUCGCUGUCCAACUUCUGCGGUUUUUGGGCAGUUUUCACGGGUGCCGCUUUCGCAUACUCGGCGAUAGAGUCUGUUGCUGUAAUGGGUGGCGAGGCACACAACCCCCGCCGCAGCAUCGCCAAAGCCAUCAAGACGACCUUUGUUCGCAUUCUGUUCAUCUACGUCAUCGGUACACUGAUGAUUUCCCUCACGGUCAGCUUCAAGGACCCGCUCCUCCUCUCUGAGAUUGAGAAGGACAGCGGAAACGCUGGCUCCUCGCCUUGGGUGAUCAUGUGCCGAAACGCGGGCGUCAGGGUGCUUCCUCACAUUAUCAACGGUGUGGUCAUCACCUCGGCCCUCUCGAGUGGCAACGAGCAACUUUACGUCCUCUCCCGCUUGCUGAUGGCCAUGGCGCGCGAGAGGCAGCUUCCUCGCAUUUUUAUGCGCACAUCCAGGAAUGGUAUCCCGUACAUGGGCGUUGUGGUCGGCGCGCUCUUCUCGUGCCUCGCCUACCUAUCGGUCUCCAACGGAUCAAACCAGGCAUUCAUCUGGCUCUCCAACCUUUCCGCUCUCUCCGCCCUCAUCACCUGGAGUGGCAUCGCCCUCGCGUUCAUCCGCUUCCGCAAAGCCUGCAUUCGGCAGGGCAUCGACCGCACAAAGUUCGCCUACCGCGGCUGGGGCCAGCCAUUCUUCGCUUACUACACGAUUGCGCUGUUCAUGCUGGUGCUCAUCACCAACGGCUUUGCUGCGUGGAUCCCCAAGUUCGACGUGGCCUCAUUCUUUGCCUCCUACGUCACCAUCCCCGUCGUCGUCCUAGCAUAUGUGGGGUGGAAGAUUGCCAAGCGCACCAAGCUCGUGCCGAUCGAUGAAAUCGACCUCUCGAGGGGCCCAGUCGAAGCGCUCCGCGGCUCCCGCUAUGACGACAUCUCCCCGGAUCAGCCUUCCCGCGCCGGCGAUAACUGUCUCACGCUGCCCAAGACUCAGUCGCCCUACAAGGACGCCCUCAUGGGCAGCUACAACCAAGUCCAGAACACCCCGCCUGUCCGCGGGGGUGCGGCGCUCCCCACGCCGCUUGCCACGCCUUCUGCGGGUCUCCCCGCCAACGGACAGACCGUCACCGACCACAAAACCCCCAACAGUAUUUUCUGCAAGACCUACGCCUCCGCCGUCGCGGUGGGGUCCUCCAUGAUGCAAGUCACCCUGCUGCAGCAGCUUAUCGCGCCUGCGGGAGCGACCAACCAGCACGCUCCCUACAAGGUGUCGGGCUCGCCUCAGCCCAAGGUAUCGCCUCAACCCAAGGUAUCGCCUCAGCCCAAGGUAUCGCCUCAGCCCAAGGCGCCUCAGGCUGAGGCCUCGCCUCAGCCCAAGGAGCGGGCCACGGCCAAGGUGCGACCCGCUAAGGUUUCGCCCAAGGCCAAGACAUCCCCCAAGCCCAAGGCUCAGCUGCGCCUCAAGGCCCCGCGCACGGUCCAGGAUUCGUACCAGCCUGGCUCUUCGCGCGAGCCCGCGCCUGGGCCCUACUCGGGACCUCACCCGCACCGCAAGCCCUCGGCGCAGCCCAACUCUCCGCCCAAGCCCGAGACGACGCCCCACGUCGACUCGUCGGCCACUGACAAAGCCGAGACUGCGCUCGGCCCCGGUCCGCAGACUGGCCAGUCGCAAGUGGUCGCCGCCCCCAACGAUUUCGCGGGGUGUGCACUCACGCUCCCUCAGGCUGGUGCUCAAGCGAACGUCGUCAAGCCCCCUUCGCGGCCUUGGGUUGCCCACGGUUACAACGAGCAGCCUACCGGUGGUUUCGCGCAGCCUACGCAUGGCACGGUCCUGGGUCAGCCUGCCGCUCAGCCGACCCCGAUGCUCUCAAACACUGCGGCCGGAACGGGAGCGGCAAUCCGCCGAUUCCCCUUUGCCAUCUACUCGCGCCUCACGAUUGCGCAGUGCAUGUCGGCUCCCCGCCGGCCCUACCCGGAGCUCGACGAGGAGCAGCUAACCCUGAAGAUGCUGUCCUUCCAACCGCCGGACAUCCUACUGCCCCUCUACAACUUCAGCUACCCCGGCUGGAAGACACCGGGCAUGUCGUCGGCUCUUUUGUCGGGACUCCUCCGCGAGGACCCGCCUCAGCUCGUGAUCCUCGGGUCGUUCAAGAAGGCGCACAUGAAGGCCACCAUCAACAUCACUCGAGACAACAUCCGCAGCCUGUGCAUGUGGCGAUCCAACCCAAACGACGAGGUCACCCUGGCUAUCAGAGUCCACGGGGUCGAGUUCCACACCUACGCCCUUGACAACCUUUGGGAAAGAGGGUGGCGGUGGCUGCCGAAGUUCCAUCGUGCCCUCCCAACGGGGGGCCAACUGCGGCUGUAUGGCCCACUUGAUGCCAUGCGUGACCUCCACGCCUCGAUUAUCUGGAUGUACCAACUCGACGUGGCUCCCCCGAUGCAGAUACUCCCAGUAACCGCACUCUGGGACUGGGGCUACUCUGAGCGUAGCAUGCUCCCGACGCUGGACAACCGGAACAACGCCUGGACGCAGAACUCGCACACGAACGCCGUAAGUACUCAGCACGGCUCUCCUCCGUGGCCCGCGGGUGCUGGAGCGGGCCCCGCGCCGACCGCCAACAUCAUGGCGGCACAAGCGCAUUAUGCGCCUUCCUACCCCAGCACGCAGCCUGUGGGAGCGACCCCGCCCAUCGACCAGAAUACCAUGGCGAUGAUGGCCUUACUGCACGCUAACCCUCUAACGGUGGCGGCGCAGCCUUCGCAACCUACGGCUAGUCUCCAGCCGAUCAACGCAGCCAACCCCUUCCAGGCGCUCACCCCCGCGCAAAUGAUCGAGCUCGCUACCGCCGAAGGUGAUGUUUUCCGCAGUGCCAACGCCCAGCCCACGCCCGCCCCAGUCGCCCCACCUCCCCCCGCCGCGCCCUAUGCGCUUGUCCCCCCUAUGCCUGCAAUGAGCCUCAGCCCCACCGACCACUCAGCCUACCCGAACAUCCUCGCCCAUCCUCAGCCGUCCGGCAUGACGUCUACCACACCGGCCGCUGCUCUCCACGCCCCCCAGAUAAUCGCCACACCCACUGUUGCUGCGCCCCCAGCUCCCGCCCCUACCCACUUCCAGAACCCCGUCGUCGCCACCACCACCGCCGUACUCGGUCCCAUUGACACAGCCUACCAUGGACACGCUGUCGCCACACCUCUUGUCAGUCGCUUCGGCCCCGCCAUACACCACGCCCACCAGCAGUGA